AUGACUGACCAGCAGGCUGAGGCCCGGUCCUACCUCAGCGAGGAGAUGAUCGCUGAGUUCAAGGCCGCCUUCGACAUGUUCGACGCUGAUGGCGGCGGGGACAUCAGCGUCAAGGAGCUGGGCACGGUGAUGAAGAUAUUGGGCCAGACGCCCACCAAAGAGGAGCUGGAUGCCAUCAUCGAGGAGGUGGACGAGGAUGGCAGCGGCACCAUCGACUUCGAGGAGUUCUUGGUGAUGAUGGUGCGCCAGAUGAAAGAGGAUGCGAAGGGCAAGAGCGAGGAGGAGCUGGCCGAGUGCUUCCGCAUCUUCGACCGGAACGCCGAUGGCUACAUCGACGCGGAGGAGCUGGCGGAGAUCUUCAAGGCUUCCGGGGAGCACGUGACGGAGGAGGAGAUCGAGUCCCUGAUGAAGGACGGCGACAAGAACAACGACGGCCGCAUCGACUUCGACGAGUUCCUGAAGAUGAUGGAGGGCGUGCAGUAA